AGGAGGUUCGCUUAUUCUGCUAGCGCCGAUGUCCAAGUAGUUGAAUGCAGUUCUUUGAAUCGUUACGCAAUCUAUUGACUAUCUACAAUUAUUAACAAGGACGACGCAAGUGCUCGGAUUCGGACUCGGACUAAAUAUUCAUUGACAUGCGUUUUCAUUGCCCGGUGUUUUGUAUGCAUUCGACACCACGAUUUUUAUGACACCAGAACAAGAGUGGGAAAUAACUCGGUCGCUAUUUCUUUUUUAACAUAAACUACGUAUAGUAGUGAACUAGACAGUCGAGCCGAACGGAGACACUGCUGGGAUUUGUGCGCUGCGCUCUUUUUAUUGCUGAGCUUUUAUUCCGGAAUUGCUGCAUCCAUGAACAAGAUCUGCUGCAAGGUAUAUCCUUAAUAGUCGCCGCCUCGCCGGGGAAGCAAAAGAUAUGACGACGUACAACUUGGUCCAUCGAGAUCCAAGGCAAGACUUUUAUUACAACUCUCAUUUGGCAGCGAGACCAGAAUCGAACAGAAUGACAAAGUUUAUGCCAGAUCCAAGGCUGCAGCCAAAGAUCAUACCUCAUGAUGUUGAUCAGUAUCCUUACUCAUCAAAUGAGAAUCCAAACUACACGAUGGAAGAACCAAUAUGUAAUGCAAAAGGGAAGUCACUUAGGCCACCACAGUCUGGGAGCCCAGUUGUUGGAAUUACAAGGAUGGUGAAGCCAGGUGCAAGAAACGAUGAAAGGAGGCAUGAGCAGCACUCAAACGAAGGAAGAUUUGAUCGACAAUUUUCUUCUAUGAGUCACGAAUCUUCAGUCGUCGACGAAAACAUUCAACCUGACAUGAAUUUAGAUUCACUUGUUCAUAAUCUUCUUGAUUCAUUGGAUGAUGGAAUCGUUUACGAUAGUCAGUCUCGCCACAGCAAUGAGGAACCAGAAGAACCAGAAGAUUUUCCAACGAGGUACGCGAACUACCAGAGGUCAUUUGACGAUUUUGAAAAGUAUGCUGUAGCAUUACCUUGCGACCCACGCUUGCAGAAAUCAACAGUCACUUCUGGCCAACCAUCGUCAGGACAUUCAAAAAAUGACUCUCAUCUGACAGCUAGAGUUAAACCAGAGCCUAGGGAGAAAAUAACAGGACCUCAACAGGAUGUUAACAUUCCUGAAAACAAUUUAAAACAAGCAUUAGAAGAUAUUCGUCAAAGGCAGCAAACGCCGUCGACCCCUGAUCCGAACGUAUCUAGUUACGGCAAAAUCAACAAGGCCAAAAAUAGCAACACUAGCAAGACUACGACUGAUCCUCAACCAAAGAAAAUAACUCCUCCCAAACCAAGUUCAAACAAGAAAGACAGCAAAGGAAAUCACCAGUCGCCAGAGUUGAGCAGUGACAAAACACGUCGGAAGGUAGUCGAAGAUUCAGAAUCUAGGAAUAGUAGUAGAUCGAGUAGAAACAGUUCACCGGGAGCAGAUCGGCGACGAACUGCUUCAAGUAGAAUGGCUCUAGGUAGCCCGGAAUGGCACCGUCAAGUCAGAAUGGUUGAUAAACCUGAUCCUCGAAAUAGAGAUUCCCGCGAAAGAGAAAUGCGACGUGUCAGGCGUUUGAGUCGAUCCCGUAGUCGAAGUCGUUCGCGAUCCCCAAGACGUACUCAGCGCUACUUUCGUUACGGUUCGCCGGAACGCCGUUCACGAAGCCGUUCUCCGCUAUCCCGGCGACCCCGCAGAGUUUCGCCAGAAUAUCCUCACCGCCGUUGGGGACAUUUGGGACCUAGCCGAAAUUCACGUUCGCCUGUUAGAACGAGAGAUCGCAGACGCUCACCUCCUGAUCACAGCCAUCGUAAUGUUGUCGAACGGACCGUCAUCAUGCGCCAGCGAAGCCGAUCUUUAUCUCGUUCUCGAUCGCCUUCUAGGUCUUCAUCUCAGCAACAGCAGAAUUCUAAACGUUUGAAGGAUCAUCACGACAUGCCUGCAAGAGAAAUUCAGCAAUCGCAGCCGCCACCGUCGUCUAGUAAACCGGCUGUCCAUGUUGAUUCACCAGUUGCCCAUCAGACAACUCAGUUGUUUACUCGUAAUUAUGUAGUAGCUAAUCAGGUUGAUCAUGUUGCUCAUAUUGUUCAGCCAAUACAACCGGUACAGCCAACAAUAACCGCAGCAAGAUAUGUCGCGCCACCCAAUAUGGUACCUCCUAACGUUUCCACCAUUCCGCCUUUGAUGAAUUAUUACAACCACCAACAACAACAUUACCAAGCAACGGUGCAGCAGCAAAUCGACAUUAUAACUUACCAACAUCAACAACAACAUCAUCAUCAUCACCUACAGCAACAACAAUUUAAUCAGCAGCAGCUCUACCAACAACAUCUUCAACAAAUGAACCAAAAUCCCGUUGCUCACCAUGCUCACCAAUCCAUGCCAUCUUCGCCUUUGAUUCCAAUCAUUCAUCCAGCAGGUGUAGUUAAUAGUCCAGCCCGACAUAACAUUCCGCCACCUCAAACCUUGCCAAAUCUUCCCUCUACUUCGACACAACCAACAACAGCACCUACAACCAAUUCAGAAGGAGGGUCUGUGGAAGAACAACGUACUCGGAUGACCCGUGACGGUCUAUUGGAGAAGCAAGCGAACCUCAUCCAUCAACUGUUGGUUCUUCAGGUGCAACAAGCUGACCUAGAAUUGAAACAAAAUUCAGCUGAAGAUGGCGAGUAUGAGCGUUUAUCUAAUAAUAUUAUUGAAAAAGCAAAAUUUGGGAAAGAAAUGAUGGUUAGUGCCCAGACCUUGGAGAAAAUCAUUCAGAAACACACCAAUCAACUAAAAGAGGACCUUUCUGAGCUUAAGAAGACGCGUUCCAGUAAUCGUUACAACUAUUAUGAUCCUCAACAGCAUUGGUGCGAAUUGUGUGACGUCAUUACAGAUAAACUAAACGACUAUCUCACCCAUCUGCAUUCAAAAGAACACGAAGAGAGGCUGCAGUCCACCGGAGUACAGUCUACGCCAUGGCACAAGAAGCGUACGAUAACCCCCGAGGAAAAAGGAGGAAUCCGCAUUCCCUUCAAUGGAUUACAAAACCUUCAACCGGUCAAGGCGUGGUAUUGCGAGCUCUGUGAUGUUUGGAUGGGCGACCUUUUAUGUGCUAAGCUUCACAUGUCUUCUAGCUCCCACAACGAUCAACACAUGAAGAGAAGCAUGGAACGACCCGAGUCCUUGUUGAAUCAUGCGACGAAAAAACAAGCGGCGCUACGACGUAAUUUGGUCCGUAAGAGGGAAGAGGAAAGAGUCCGAAAUCAGCAAAAGCAGGCGGACAAGAUGAAGAUGGAAGCAGAACGGAAAGAAGCGGCCAAGAAAAGAGAAGAGGAAAAUCAAGAAAAACAAAGGCUGAUGAAAGAAAAAUGGCAGGAUUUCGUUAGGAAUGAAGAAGCUAAUAAAGCCUCUGUCGUUGAACUCGAAGGAGAACCUACCGGAGAAAAGAGCGCGAUCAUUCAACGAUCCACUAGCAGUUUGACUUCGUCUAGUAUUCGACUAAACAUACGUACUCCCUUGAUGACUACCAAAACGAUGGAUCAAGACGAUACCUCCGAGGCACCGAUUUCAUCUCUGAUGGAAACAUCUGAUUCAAUUGAAGGGCAAGUUAUCCUCACGGAAAAAGAAAUUCCAGCAGAGCUGUCGGCCAAACAAGUUUCCAUUGAUGGUUCGAAUAAAGAGGGCUUCGAACAGCGAUCCACCUUGGAUGUACCAACGGACGAGCCGAGCGUCGUAAACCCAACUGAAAACAUCAUCAAAUCCAGCGAAAUCGGCAUUGAGCCACCUCCCUGUCUUGAUGGAGUCGCUGAGAAAGAGGCUGUUACCGACUCGUUGCCGAUGGAUUCCAGUGAUAAAGAAGAGCCUGCUAGUGUGAGCCGUGAAGCCGAGGCGUCCAAAGACAUUCCGGAAAGUAGCAACCCAAAAGCUGCAAAACUUUUGGUCGGAGAACAAAAAUCGAGUGCAAUCGUUUUAGAACAAAAAGAUAUUUGCGAUCGAAUGGAUUCAUCCACUUGUUCUAAAGUAUCUAUGGAGAAAACUGGUGUUAAAACUAAUUCAGAUUUGAUCAAUUCCCUUCAACAGAUGGUGCCAAUUAGUCAAAAUAAUCUUCCUUCUACAGCAUCAACCAUGGAAUCAGAAGAAACAAAGAGUGCCGACCCGAUGUUCCAUGAUCGUAUUUCUGUUCCUGAACAAACCCAGCAGGUAGACGAAAAUUCUCAAGAACCAUUGGACACAUCCGCCCAAUCCGGAAUGGACCCGGAAUGCUUGGAUGUCCAAGGAAACAUUGAAAAUGUUCAAGACUCUCUCGAAAAUGCUGGAGUUUCUGCUGAAGUUUCGGGGUGUAACAGUAUUGAUGGCUCUCAACAAAACUCUGAUUCCAAUCUGAGCGAUAGUCAGGAGAAAAGAUUCGAUGUACAAGAUGGCAUACUACUUCCAAAAAUUGAACCAAAAGAUUCCGAGGAGAUCAGCGAUUGUUGCGUCAUUCUGGAGGUGAAUCCUAAACUUUCCAAAGUACCAGAGCUGAUUGAUUUAGAGUCUUCAAAUGAAGAAUGUGAUCAGCAGGCAGCUAAACUUGAAAUGGAAACGAGCGAGAAUAGUGAACAUUGUGCGCCAUUGUCUGAAAGUGGCGAAGAAAAGUGCGAUAGUUUACUUGUCGGCGAGAAUCGAGCUUCCACGCCGUGUAAAAUUCAGUUUGGCGAAUUUAUUGUUUUGAGUGAAACUACCGAAGAUAGUUCAGGUAUCGAUGCCGACAGUCGCGCCAGCAUCAACUCGUCCUCGGAAAUGUCAUCAGGGGACCGUCUCGUUGUAGUUGAAGAGGCGCCAGGAGAUGAAACGGAAACUAAUAAAAUUGUUUAAUUUUCAUUAUAUUGUGUACCCUUUAUUUUUUGUAAUCAGAAAUUAGAAUGUAUUUUCAGAAAAAAAAAGAAUUCCUUCAACUUUGUGUUUAUGGCUGUCUGCGUGAACAUUAUAUUUUGAUUUGUGUCGUUUGUUAUUUAGAUCUCAGAAACUCAGGAACUCCCGUCUUAUAUAUAAUUUUCAUUUACGCAAAGGUAAAGAUUUGUGUUGCCAUAAUUCACAGAAAAUACACACGUUGAACCAUC